AUGAAGGUCUCUGUGCAGAUUGAAGGCGUAGAAUUCCGGAUGGAAGUCGACACAGGAGCGGCAGCUUCAAUCUUAUACUACACAGAUUAUGAGCGGUAUUUCAAGUACCUUGCAGUGCGACCCAGUAGAAAUAUCAUUCCCCUUUCAUACUGGUGCACCGCUGGACAUUGCAGGACAGAUUGUAUGCGCCGAACAAUGGCUGCAAUGCCUAUUUAUGCUCGUUAUUUUCCUGUCAUAUUUCUAGCACUUUUUAUGUCAGCAUCCAUUAUAGUCGACUUUUCUAGUCUUUACAAAGUUUCUCAAUUGGAAGAAGCGACUUUAAGAGGCUGUCUCUCUUAUUUCCACCCGGUCAAUUUUGCGUCAAAAAUAAUUUUGCCUGAAACUCUGUUAACAGAAAGACUUUACCUAGGAAAGAACUAAAUUAGAUUUGGUUUGAUUCGAAAUAAUUUUCUGACUGCAUUACGGGCCAUAAUUAUUUCCCAGUCCGUAGGACCGUCGCAACGUCUCGAAAAUUGAAAAAUAGGCAUAUUUUGUAACGUUGUAAAAUAUUUGAUUCGCAUAGUUAAGCCACGGAAUUUAUAUCAGAUUGCUUAAAAACUUUUCUAGUUUGCCAAGAAAGUUAGAAUUUGCCCUCUCAACAAAUUUGAAAAGACGAAUUUUAGCAUAUUCUGACCACUAGAAAUCGCCGUCGGCCGAUGGCCGUCAACCUUGAUUUAGACGCUAAGUUUUGGGAUUUGGGAACUGGUUGACGAUUCUAUCCUGCACAGCCGUUAAGUUUAGACCUUUAUAGGCAAAAAUAUGCAAAAACCCUUGUACGUUUUCGAUUUUUCAAAAGUUAUGACCGUUUGUAUCAGCACAUGUACGAGCAUUCGCGAUUUUUUCGCCUACACCAAAAUCGAACCACUGGAGCAGAUUUCGUCAUAAAUACAGCUUACCCGCUUUGCAGCCCGGCUUCAUGGCUCACUUCAGAAUUUUUCUAAUAACCAAAUUGAUGAAAUCCAUGAUAACUUCAACAAAUAGCUAGGUAUUGCCUUCCAAAAGUAGGCGGCAUCCAUCGUGAUUCGUGGUAUCAAAACAAAUGCCGGAAUUGGCCACAUUUCGCGGUGAAUCACCCAUGAAUUUUUUUCCAAAAUCAGAAUAUAAACUCUCCAUGUCUGGAAGCUGAGGGACAAAUGAAGGUUUUAGGCUUCUGAAGUGAAGAAAUAAUCGCUUAAAUUUAGAUCCAGUUCGAUGUUAUACUGUUCUCACAAAGGUCCGCACAAAAGAGAAGACCGCUGAUAGCUUGUGCCGUACGUUGUGCCAUAUGGUUUUGUUUUGUAUCGCAAAGUAAUAUUUGGGCAGAAAAAUUUUGGAUGAAAAGAAUAAAUGCUUUUACCUGGAGUUUGAUAUCAUAUAAUUAAUAAAUCAAUUUCAAAUAUCCUGAGCUUGCUUCUCUCGGUUCCGCGUCGAUUGUGUCCACAGAACAGCAAUCUGUCAAUAGCCGGAGAAAUCGGCUACCAACGUGUUAAAAACUUGACACAUGCUUCGUAUGAACAGAUGUUAUAAGUGUUGCUUUUGGUAAAUUUUCAAUCGAUUUCAUCAAAACAUUUCACUGACUACUAGAUAUUAUAAUAUAUUACACUAUAACAACGCCGUCAGAACUUGAUAUCGGAAGUAAAGGUAGUUUGUAUCUAUAGAGCAUAUUCUACACUUUCAGCCACCGUAUAAGACAUUGUUUACAUAAGUCUACUGAGAAACACUCUGACAAUCACUAAUCACGUCCGACAAUUUGUCUAUGAGGAUCUGUUUUUUGUCUCUCAAUUUUACAGGGAUCUCAAAAUGACUACAGAUGGCUCUCAACAAAACCGCAUUGAAUUUCUGAAGUGUGUUAUUGUGGUAACGUUCACAGAGGUCCUACGUAUCGUAGCAGAUUGGAUGUGAGACUUUGAUCUCUUUGUUAACUUUGUCUACCAGAUCUUAUCUCUCGGAAUUUUCCUGGACGCAUUGGAUAUCUUCCUCCUCAUCCAGUGAUAUCCCGAUCACACCCUGAUCUUUUCGCCGCAUUGCUGCUAGCCGGGAGAAAAAGCUCUGAACUUGGUUCUUUGUCAGCUACUGUUCUCCAGUGAACAAACGUGCAUUUGAUUCAUUUUUUGCAUUUCGUAUGUCCACUGCAACUUGGGCGGGGUCGGCCUUUCGCCCACUUCUUUCUCCAAGUGUAAACCGUGCCGUUAGGUAUUCUUUUACCUUCUCUGAAAACCUAACGCUGCCCCUUGGUUUGCUUACGGCCCAUCCUGUCCGUAAAGACGAGUGGGGCGAAGUAUCCACGGGAGAAGUGAGUGGUGUACUAGAAUCUAACGAACAGCUCGAACACUCGAUACCAGCGGUAUCUAUCGACGAGAACUUAAGGGCCCAGUCCCUUUUGAUUGCAUCAUACUGGCUUUAACCUGCUGACUGUAUGCUUUCCAACGUCCAGGUGCAGCUACAGCUGCGAAAAGGUUUCGAACACUUCAACACAUCCAAACACAGAGCAUUCAAACAAUGGCGUUGUACUCUCUGUUUCCUUGCUGCCCUUUGAACGACGCUUGACCACACGCUUUUCAGGAGGAUCAUAAAACCCUUGAGAUUCUAUGGUUUGAAGGGACGUUUGACCUUGGUGCUUGAUAUAAAUUACGUCAUAUGGAAUGUGCUUCCCUUUACCGAUGCCAUAACAUUUCCAAACUCUCAGACCGAUAUCUCCAUAUUCGAAUCGUAGUUGUGGAAGCUACUAAAAUGCUCAAUCUUAUUUAUACAGAGAGUGUUCUUUGAUUCGUCUACUAUUCUUACUGCAGCUGUUGUUCCCUUCACUGGGUGUUUCGUCAAUGCGUAUCCUCUGUCCAAUGAAAGCUUUAACAACCUCGCUGAAGACUCUCUACAGACUGAAGCCUCUCUGGUUUCGAAAAAAGCACUUGCAUGCCAUACUACACUUGCAGGCCUUCCAAAAAAAAAUAAAGGGUCAGCGGGUUCACCCGCAAUGAUUAAUGCGGACCUCUGUUAUGCGCGAUAGUGCAAUCGUUCAGCUUUAAAUUCCAAAACGCCAAACUUCGACACAUAGACUUACAAGUGGAGUUCUAUGACUGAUUCUUGAAGAGAAUGCAGCUGCAAUCCAAAGUUUCAACGGGACAUUAAGCGCGAAACAUGGCUUUAGUUUUCGAGUUUAGUUCGCAACAACGAGUCAAAGAAGAGUAUUGACAGAUGCCGACCGCUGAAUUUUGGAGGUAUUUGCUGGAGUUAUCAUAAAGUCCAGUUCACCAGUUUGGGAAGCGAGGAAUAUCUGAAAUUUCACAUAAACCCAUGAUUUCUCCGGCUAUUGACAGAUUGCUGUUCUGUGGACACAAUCGACGCGGAACCGAGAGAAGCAAGCUCAGGAUAUUUGAAAUUGAUUUAUUAAUUAAAUGAUAUCAAACUCCAGGUAAAAGCAUUUAUUCUUUCCAUCCAAAAUUUUUCUGCCCAAAUAUUACUUUGGGAUACAAAACAAAACCAUAUGGCACAACGUACGGCACAAGCUAUCAGCGGUCUUCUCUUUUGUGCGGACCUUUGUGAGAACAGUAUAACAUCGAACUGGAUCUAAAUUUAAGCGAUUAUUUCUUUACUUCAGAAGCCUAAAAUCUUCAUUUGUCCCUCAGCUUCCAGACAUGGAGAGUUCAUAUUCUGAUUUUGGAAAAAAUUCAUGGGUGAUUCACCGCGAAAUGUGGCCAAUUCCGGCAUUUGUUUUGAUACCACGAAUCACGAUGGAUGCCGCCUACUUUUGGAAGGCAAUACCUAGCUAUUUGUUGAAGUUAUCAUGGAUUUCACCAAUUUGGUUAUUAGAAAAACUCUGAAGUGAGCCAUGAAGCCGGGCUGCAAAGCGGGUAAGCUGUAUUUAUGACGAAAUCUGCUCUGGUGGUUCGAUUUUGGUGUAGGCGAAAAAAUCGCGAAUGCUCGUACAUGUGCUGAUUCAAACGGUCAUAACUUUUGAAAAAUCGAAAACGUACAAGGGUUUUUGCAUAUUUUUGCCUAUAAAGGUCUUAACUUAACGGCUGUGCAGGAUAGAAUCGUCAAGCAGUUCCCAAAUCCCAAAACUUAGCGUCUAAAUCAAGGUUAUUUACGGCCAUCGGCCGAUGGCGAUUUCUAGUGGUCAGAAUAUGCUAAAAUUCGCCUUUUCAAAUUUGUUGAGAGGGCAAAUUCUAACUUUCUUGGCAAACUAGAAAGGUUUUUAAGCAAUCUGAUAUAAAUUCCGUGGCUUAACUAUGCGAAUCAAAUAUUUUACAACGUUACAAAAUAUGCCUAUUUUUCAAUUUUCGAGACGUUGCGACGGUCCCUACGGACUGGGAAAUAAUUAUGGCCCGUAAUGCAGUCAGAAAAUUAUUUCGAAUCAAACCAAAUCUAAUUUAGUUCUUUCCUAGGUAAAGUCUUUCUGUUAACAGAGUUUCAGGCAAAAUUAUUUUUGACGCAAAAUUGACCGGGUGGAAAUAAGAGAGACAGCCUCGAAAGAGUUCACCAGAGCAGUUUCUUUCGCUUGAAGCGAAAGCUAUUUGUAUUGCGGCUGGUGUGCUUAUGGACUAAGCAUGAAUAUCUUUGUUUUUUCUCACCCUGUUAAAUUGAAAUAACCGUCCAUAUGGAUGUUGAACUAAAUCCUGGACCUACUUCUUCAUCUUCAAGAUCCAAAUAGAAGCGGCCCUAUCGUGGCUGCCGGAGUGCAAGACCGGUCAGGGCGUGUGAAGCAACGAAGGUUUUAAAUACUCAGCCCGCCAUGACACCUCGUCGUCACCAAUUUUCAUUUCACUCAGGACGGAAUGACAACAAUCUUGUUCGUAUUCCGCUGAUAUCAAAUCGGACAUGCAGUAGUCCACUACUACGUUUCGGUGUUUGGAAUGCUCGCCCACUGAAAACCAAAGUAUCGUCGCUAAGUGAUCUUAUGUUGUCUUGUAGUCUUGAUCUUCUAUCUGUGACCGAAUCGUGGUUUACCUCAAACGAUAGUAUUACCAUUGCUGACCUCACGAAUUCACUUGAGGAUUACGCUUUUCAUCACUUGCCAAGAUCCACUCGCAGAGGAGAUGGACUUGCUGUUAUCGCACGCAGAGGGCUUCGUGUUAAGCGGAAUCAGGCUGUAUUUUUCUUUGUUCGAACAUUUUGA